AUGGUGAGGGCUCUUGAGGACAAGUUACCUGAGGAGAUAUUCAAUGGCAUUGGGCUGAGAAGCGGGCGCGUAGCCUCGUCAUCGCCGGGCUCGCUGAGGCUCCUUCUGAGCUGCAACCGUCUGCUAAGCAGGCGGAUCUGGAGGCUAAAGUUGUCCGCGUGUAAGUUGGAUGACUCACGCUCACGUCACGUCUUGUUGAAAUUAGUCCUACCGUCUCAAUCCCAUUGGAUAACUGCUCUAACAAAUUCAUACCGCUUGCGUAGUUCAGAGUUUUCUAAAAUCUUUAUGAGGAAGAGUUUGACAGCUACAGAGCGCAAGCAACAUUAUGACCUUCAGGCAGGAAUUACCUGUGGGCCAGAUAUAUUGCUUAUAACUAAGACAUGGCUUUCACCUAAAAUUUCCGAUUCUGAAAUCAUCAUCGAUCUUCCAUACAAACUAUUCAGAUAUGAUCGUACGCACCGAAAAGGUGGUGGUGUAUGUUGCCUGCCGCUCUUUGUGUCCUCUGACCACAAUGGUGUUGCGUUCCAAGUUGAGUUGAUUAAACCCGAGGUAAACAAACUACCUCUCCCAAACAUCAAUAAAACUGACUUUCGUGGAUUUUCUUCAUACUUAGAUUCGAUUUACUGGUGGGAUGCCCUGUGUGUUAUGCGUCUGUGGAUGACCUAUAUAAAAAAUUCUGCCGUGUUGUAUAUAUGGGCCUGGCUAAGUGUGUUCCCUUCCAUUCAACUGAGCCACAGAGGGUGCGAUACCCCAAACAUGUUG